AUGGUUAACAGAGCCAUAUGGAUCCGACAGCUAACCCAGCUUCUUCAAGAUGAGGCCUAUUUCCACCCAAGUUCUCCCCUUCCUCUGCACUUGAACUUGUCAGAGCUCUUGUUUUUACAGGCAGAACACCAGCUCGCACUGGCCGCAAAAGAGAAAGAAACAGAGGCUGCGACAGAGAAACCCAAGCGGUGGAGUCUGUGGGGCCUCAAAUCCAAGAGCCAAGGUGAUACGUCUGAACUAUUUGAUAAACUAUCUAAGCUUCCCUGCCUGAGUGUAGACCGCACUGGCCCGACCAUCGAUGGGUUUGAUGCUGAGGAGAAGACAGAGAGGGUGUCCUUGGCUAGUUUUGGCAACCUUAGUCGCCUAGUGCUGCUGCAAAUCCAUCCGCGCUGCAUGGAUGUUCCCCCCGUCACCCUGAAACACUUGGUCGUCCAACACGGCCAACUAGAUGACGUUCCGGAUGCUGUUGUGUGGUCACCCGAUACUAUUCAUCUCACCUCCUUGUCGUUGGCCAACAAUACCCUUGCGCGUCUCCAAAGCCUGGAAUUGCUUCAGAGUCUCACACAUCUCGAUGUUUCGCACAAUCUAUUGGACCGUAUUCCCGAAGCACUCUCAUGUCUCUUCAAUCUCCAGUACCUCAAUCUUGCUCACAACAAGAUAUCCUCUGUGGCUGCAAUUCACACCACAGUGGGGAAUAUCCAAGAGCUCAAUCUGAGAGGAAAUUCAAUUCGUAUCAUUGACUCACUUGACAGGCUGUGGGCCAUCGAACGUCUCGAUUUGCGUGAGAACUGUAUUGAAUCUCUUGAUGAGUUCAAACUACUGGCCCCCUUACCCAACCUCGAAACACUUUGGGUUCAAAGUAAUCCCUGCACUGAACAAACCGAAUACCGUAUUGAACUGUUUAGGAUAUUUGAAAUGGCAGGGUCAAGGGUGAUACUUGACAAUGCAAAACUAACCCACCAGGAACGACUCUGGAUGUCUCCUCAAAGACGAGCCAGUGAUACUGCUCAGAUUAUCAAAGAAAAGAAACCUGUCAAUGCUUGGCCAAGACCUCGCUCAAUUGCUGCCUGUGAUGAGGGACACACCCAGCAUUCGUGUCCACCUCUAAUCACUCGCUCAAAAUCCCUAAAGACAAAACGUAUGAUUCGGCUUGGAGAACCCGUGAUGCCAGCAGCCUCGUCUGUACAUUCUCUCAAAGAUGAUACGCAUGUGCUUCGAGUUGCCACGCUUGAACAAGCCGUCCAAGAAACUCAACUGUCACGCAAAUCCCCGCACAAGAAACGGUCAAAAUCUUCUCUCACACGUUCUAUUCGUUCAGGGUCUGUAGACAGUCAAAGUCCACCGCCACUACCAAAUACAGACACAGAGGCAUUUCGUCGAAAAAUUGAAACAAUUCGUUCAGAAGCGGGUACAGAGUGGUUACGAGUGUUACAAGAGAUGGAUCUUGAUAAAAAAUAA